UGUCUGAGGCCAAAUUUGAACUCAGAAAAAUGAGUCUUCCUGAUUCCAGGCUUUAUGCUGUGUCUACUGAGCCACCUAGCUGCCUCCAAAGAGAAGAGAUAAUCAAAGAGUGUUGGUGGACAGUGUGGAAGGUUGCAGAGGUGAAGAAGGAUGGGGAUGGAAAAAAGAUUAGAUUUGGCACUUAAGAGAUUGUUAGUAACUGCAUAGAGCAAUUUUGGUGGAAUGAUGAGUUCAGGAGACAGAUUGUAGAAAAUUAAAAAGAGGAAAGGAAGGCAAGGUGCCUCUGCAAUGUUUCAAAAAGUUAAACCAUAAAAGGAAGGAGAUAUUGAAUGAUAGUGGAGAUUAAUGAAUUAUAAGAGAUUCUUUGAGGACAAGGGAGACGUGGGCAUGUUUGUAGGUAAUAGAAAAUGAAGUGAGACUAAUAGAGGGGACAGUCUUCUGGAGAACAUAGGAUAGAAUCAUCUGCACAUAGAUUGUAUUGGGAAGGAAAAGGUCAUGUUAUGUAAGACAGGGAAGGAAGAAUGGCAGGAGACAUCUGUAUGAUAGGAGAUGAGACUUGGAAUAAUGGCAGAUCUGGUCAUAAACUCUUGUUUGAAAAUCCCAAGUGAUUUCCUGUUGCUUUAAGUUAAGUUCAAACUGACCAUAACUUAAAUCUCUUCAUGUUUUGGUAUAUCUUGUCCUUUCCAACCUUGUCUGCCACCCAAUUGUAUACUGAUUGCACAUUUCCAUGUUUUUGUUUAGACAUAGAGAACUAUGCUUGGCCUGUUCUUCCCUACCAUAUUUGUUCAUUGAUCUCCUUCCCAACCCGAAUGGUUCUUUCCAGUAGUCUUCCCUGAGCCACUCCCUUGUCAGCUUCAGACCAUAGAAGGCCUAUUUUUAAAAUCUGUAAUAUUUUAUAGCUGUAGCUGUCUUAUGACCCCUUAAUUUCCUCCUAGAUGGAAGGGAGCUACUCCUUAUCUAAACUUGACCUUAUUAUUAUACUUUGUACAUGAUAGCAGUUAAAUACCUGUUUUUUUUUUUUUUUUUUUUUUUUUUCUGGUAUGAAGGCUGGUUAUCUUCUGGAUUGCAUCCUGUUUGGGGUCAGCAAGUUCUUUGGAGCACUACUAUUUUAAGGAUCAUAAAGGUUGACUGCUGUAAAGGAUGUUCAAUAAAUCAUGGGAUUCUCCUGAAAACUUUUGGGUUACAGGAAGAAAUAUUCAGACUAGGAAGACCAGUAUCAAAUUAGGAAUGCAAGUGAAUGUCAGGAAGCUGCUUUUUUUCCUCAUUGUCCUUCCAAAAUUCUUUUUUUUUUUAUGUACAGUCCCCAUACCCACCCUGCACUGGUGCUACCAUGAUCUACCAUGCCUCCUCCUGACCCAACCAGCCAUGAAAGCCUUAGAAUUGAACUCUUUUCUCAAACUUCUAAGAUCUUGAGAGUGUAGAUUAAGGGAAAGACUCCUAUUAAUUCCAGAUUGUGCUCAUUAGAGCUUCCAUGUUCUCCAGUGUAAGCUCCUCUUUGUCAGUUACUGGAGGAGACUUGCAGUGCCUCAGUGAAUUGCAGUUAUAUCGAAGAAUAUAUUCUUCCCACUCACUGACUGUGAUUUGCUUUGUCUAUAACUUAUCCUAGGACCAGACAAAAUCUUGGAGAUUGCCUCAAUCCUCCCCAUUUUUUCAGGUAAUGAAGCUGAGACCCAAAGAGGUUAAGCGAUGUGUCCAUCUUCACAUGUGAGCAAUAUAACAAGACUCGUGGAACAUGAAUGUGGCUGAGGCAUGAGAAUAGACCAAAAACCUUACUGUUUGAGUAAUUCAGGAAAGAGCUAAGUCUACUUUCUGCCAAUUUCUAGGUAGCUAAGCUGGUAUGGAUUUUAGAGGAGGAUAGAACUGGUUGCUAUCAAUAAGGUGCUCCCGAAGGGUACAAUGCUCACUUGUUUGACUAUGUGAAGAUUAUGCCGAAAGCCGUCCUAGUAGUAGUCUCCAGUUUAGAUAGAUCUAUUUGAAUUCUUUACCAUCAUUGUGCCAUAGAAUCAGGAGGGCUUGGGUUCAAAUUUUAUCUUUGAAAUGAGCUAGAUGACCAUGGGCAAAAUUUCUCAUUCAUAUCUCAGCUUGCCCAAAGUGGGCAAAAGAAUACCUGUAGGACCUCCAAGUACUAUUGACUGAGGUUCAAAUGAGAUAAUGUAUAUAAAGUGCUUUGGAAACUUGAAAGCAUUAAACAUUAAGUGCUUGCCCUAUGCCAAGAACACACUGGAAAUAAAGCUGAAAAAACAAAGGAAGGUAAAACUAGUCUUACCCUAAGGAGUUUGAAUUCUAAUGGGAGAUUUUUUGAGACAUACUACCUUCUCAUAAGAAGCUGAGAGAGAUGGAAUGAACAUGGCAUUCCUUCAAGGUGAACCAAUGCCUACUUAUCAAUCAAAAUAAAAUGCCUGCUAUGCACACAUAUAGCUGAUUUCCUAGGGAAUGAGAUGAAAGAAAAUUGGAGGGUUUCUUAGAACUUUGGCUACAAUCAAGGACACAGUUCAGCACUCAAAUUGCUGAAUAAAACCAGGUAGGUUGAUGGCCACAAUUGCCUGGACAAUUUCACAAACAGGCACGAACCCAGAGUUUGGAAAACCAAUGGAAAUCCUGCUCUGGAAUUCAGAAGAAGGUGAUGUCAUCUUCUAUCAUUCCUUGUCUUUUUGAAUUCCACACACUAAAAGGGCCUCAGGAAAAUAUCAGCUAAGUUAGUGAAUGCUGAAGAACUUGUGACUCCAAGGAAACAUGGAGAGGGAGUCGGGGCAACAGGACAAUGAUACUGGGAUAGCUAAUUGAUUCCCCAUUCCGUCCUACCCCGUGCUCACACAUGCUUUCUCUGUGUAUGUCUGUCUGGCUCUCUUGCUCGUUCUACGUCUCUCUGAUGCAUAGCUCUCUUAUCUCCUUAUAUCUGUGUCUCUUCUCUUUCCUUUCUGUCUCAUCUCCUUCCCUCUCUCCCUCUUUCUCUCUUCUCCCCACAUGACCUGGGACUAAUAAUUACCAAGUAAGCCUAGGAAGGGACACGAAUCAGGGCUGUUGGAGAACACCGAAUACAGUGCUUUUCAACCUGUGGCAGGAGGGAGUCUGUAGAAGAACUGACAUCCUAUAGCACCAAGAUCUUGCUGAGACUGCUGUUUCUAUGUUCACAAAUCGGGGAAGCUCAGAGAAAGAGCAGUAUUAGGGUUUGUAGAGAGUGAUACUAUCUGAAUCAAUUAGGGCUGGUUGGUUUCCCAAGUCUUAGAUCACAGCAAAUUGUUAGCUGGGAAACAGACCUUCCAGAUACAGAUUACCGGUUAAAUGGUGUUACAAGGUAAGAGUAUAGGUGGUAGUAAGCAGGCUACAAAAAUCUGUAGGAUGUAGAUAGCUUUUUGGAGGGAAGAAGGGUGGAGCACAAACAGCAGAGGAUUUUUCCAGACUAUAACACCCUUGCUGGUGAAUCUCAUAGUAAUCUUUGCUUUAAGAGGCAGGUUGGGGUGAUGAAUAAGGUGUAGAAUUGAACUCUGAAGUUUCUGAAUUUCUCUGAAGUUUGAAUUCUCCAAACUGCCUAACCUAGGGUUCUUUUCUGUGAUAGAGUAGAGGUUAGCCUUUCAGAAUCCUAAGUAGUCUCAUUAGGUAGAACAGAAUGAAGAUAGUUUAGGUCCUAGGAUCUCUAGAUGAGGUCUGUAAAUGAUUUUCACUGGAUCAGGAAUGCUAAAAAUUUCUGUCAGUCACCAAAACAGUCCAGGUGAUUCUAGUCCUCUGCCAUUAGUUCAGAACAAUUAACUGUAACAUGAAAUAGAUUAUUUUCUUCAUGUGUAAUAAAUCUCUUGGUACAGCCUCUUUCCAACUGACAUAGCAUUAUGGGUGGAACAAGGACCGUUAAUCCAUUUACUUCCACUUGCCAAUGAUUAGAGAAGCACCGAGUUCAAGGGGAGGCAGUCUGGAAAAAGAGGGUGGAAAUGGAAUCUAUUCCGUUAAUCCUAAAUCAGUGUUUAUUCAAAGGAAUAAAAAGAAGAGGUUGAGAUGGAAACUAGUUGAGAGAGCUGAGAUUUGUGAGGGAAGAGUGAGUAGUACUGGGUAAGGAGGUAAAAUAGUGGAAAAGUUGAGGAACUAGAUGCUUCUGUGCUUUAACUUGCCUCUGAAGCUUUAACCUUUUAUGAUGACUACCUAUUCUUUGUCUCAUACUGACAUGUCAAUGUGGUCAUGGGUCAAGUCAACUUUAAGGGAUAAAUUGAAGGGGAAACUGGUGGCAGAAAGACACGUAAGGCAGCCAUUACAGUAGUUUUGGUUAAUGAUAAUGAGUGUCUACACCAGGAUAUGGAAAUAGAAAGACCCAAGAUAAUUUCUGGAGAUACUGAAGAUAAUGAAGUUUGCUAAAAUUGGCUAUGAGAGAGCCAAAGAGAACUCAAAUGGUAGUGGCAUUAAGCUAGUGAAAUCAGAAGAAUAAGCCUGGUUUUAGAAAUUUGAUUUGGGACCAUCUCUGCCCCAUCCACAGUUGUAGAUAUAAAACUGAAACUCAGAAGAGAGGUCUGGGAGUAAAUGAGCUUGUCUGUGAAAGAGUAUGUUUAGAAUUCAUAGCUAGAAACUUGAGAAAUAGCAACAUUAUGGGAUUAAGGUGACAGGAACCAGUGGGAAAGACUGAGAAACAAUCAGAAAGCUAGGAAGACAUAUACAUGUCCUAUAAACUGAGGAAUGGCAAAACAAAUUAUGGCAUGUUAUAAUGUUACUUGUAAUAAAUGAAGAGAAUCAUGAAGAGACAUAUAUGAAUUAAUACAAAGAUGUAAAGAGAAAACUAUCUAUACCCUAAAAUGUACUUAGGUAAUACUAAGGAGGAGAGAACACUAGUAGGGAGGUGAGCGACAUUAUCAUACUAAAAUGUCAGAGAGAAUAAGAACUGGAAAGCAAACCUUUGGAUUUGUAUAGCCUCUGAGAACAAUUUAAUCACAGUAGUAGGUACUGAAAUCUAAUCACAAUAGCUUGAGUUGAGAACAGGUAGCGGAAGUUGAAAUAUUAGGUUGUCAAUUUUUCAAGAAGUUUGACAGUGAAGGAAAGGGAAUGACCAGGUGGAAGAGUAGUUUGGUAGCCGGCUUUUAGAGUAAAUUGGACAGACAUGUUUUAAGUGGAUGGGAAAGGAUAGAUUAAAGAUCCAGGAGAGAGGGGAUGAUUGCAACAUCCCAGAAGAAGCAAGAGUAGGCAUAUGACAGAGGGGUUAGUCUUAGUGAUGGAUACUUCUGUCCAAGAACAGAAUGGUCUAUGAACUUGAUUAAAGAAAGAGGAGGGAAGUUAAGGGACCUCAGAUCAGAUGGUCUCAGUCUUCUGAAUGUAACUGUAAGAAGUGGGAGCAUGCUUAAGUGUGAAAGGGGAGAGAAAAAAUUUCAAAAUGGUUGCUUUGGGGAAUGAGAAUGCAUAAGGAAGAGGGGAUGUCAAGCAAUAAUGAGGGCUAUAAUUGUGUAUCAUUGUAAUGAGCCACAUAAUCGGUCAAAUAGGUUUUAAUAAUUGCGGGAGGAGGAGGCUGAGGUUAUAGGGCAAGGUUGAUGUUACUCAUUAUUGUGCACUUUCUUUAGCUCCAUCUAACUGCACAGAAGCAAAGGAGACAAGGUGAUGACACGUGCUCUCCUGACAACCAGAUCCCAGGAGCAGGUGACAUUUGAGGAUGUGGCCAUAUAUCUCACAGAGGAGGAGUGGGCACUACUGGAUCCCUCACAGAAGAGACUUUAUAGGGACGUGAUGCUGGAGAAUUAUGGGAAUGUGCUUUCACUAGGAUUUUCAGUUUCCAAACCAAACCUAAUCUCUCAGCUGGAGCGAGGAGAAAUACCAUGUGUACCAUUUCUACCCAGAAAGAAGAUUCGAGUGAUUCGUUUUGAUUAUGGGUCUGAGAAUAAAGUGUCAAUUCCAAAGCAAGACAUUGCCGAAGAAGGAAAAGCACAAAGCUUUUUGUUAGCAAAAUUUCCAAGGGCCAUUUGCUAUAACAUUGAAGAAAAUUCUGACAGUGAGGCUAGAUUAGAUCAAUAUCCUAUAGACACACUGAAGAAAGAACCAAGAUGCCCUCUUUUCCAGGAGACAGAUUUCAAACAGGUGACUGAUAUUUAUAGUAGUGACCUUAAAGUAACAGGGGGACAUGAAUGCGUUAUGGAUGACAUUGGUUCUAACUCCAUUACACAACGGAAAUAUGCUGUCCGAAAGAAAUCUAAGCUAUGUGAUUCAUUUCACCACUACUUCAGGCAGAGUUCGGAAUUUAUGAGAGAGCAGAGUAAGCCCAAGGGAGGACAAAAUCAUGAAUGUGAUACAUGUGGGAAAUCCUUCAGCAGGAACUCAAGCCUUCUUGAACAUCAGAAAAUUCACAGUGGAGAGAAACCCCAUGAAUGUCAUGAAUGUGGGAGAGCUUUUAGUAGGAACUCAAGCCUUCUUGAGCAUCAGAGAAUUCACAGUGGAGAGAAACCCUAUAAAUGUAAUGAGUGUGGGAAAGCCUUCAACAGGAACUCAAGCCUUAUUGAGCAUCAGAGGAUUCAUAGUGGUGAGAAACCUUAUGAAUGUAAUGAAUGUGGCAAAACCAUUAGUAGAAAAUCAAGUCUUAUUGAACACCAGAGAAUUCAUAGUGGAGAGAAACCCUAUAGAUGCAGUAAAUGUGGGAAAGCCUUCCGGGGACACUCAGACCUUUCUAAACAUAGGAGAAUUCAUACUGGGGAAAAACCCUAUCAAUGUAAGGAAUGUGGUAAAGCUUUCAGGAUUAGAUCUGGCCUUGUUUGCCACCAUCGGAUUCAUACGGGAGAAAAACCAUAUACGUGUAAGAUAUGUAGCAAAGGCUUCAGGGCACAGUCAGACCUUAUUAAGCAUCAGAGCAUUCAUACAGGAGCUAAACCCUAUGAAUGUAGGCAGUGUGGUAAAGCCUUCAGGGUGAACUCAGAUUUUGUUAAACACAUGAGAAUUCAUACAGGAGAAAAACCAUAUGAAUGUAAUGAAUGUGGGAAAGCCUUUCGGGUCAGUUCAGGACUUAUCAGCCACCAGAGAAUUCAUACAGGAGAAAAACCCUUUCAUUGUAACGAAUGUAGUAAAAGUUUUAGGGGGCACUCAGACCUUAUUGAACACCAGAGAAUUCACACUGGAGAGAAACCCUAUACAUGUAAUAAAUGUGGGAAAGCCUUCAGGGGGAACUCAGACCUUAGUAAACAUCAGAGAAUUCAUACAGGAGCAAAACCCUAUGGGUAUAAGAAAUGUGGGAAAGCUUUUCGAAUUAGCCAUCAGAGAACUCGUGUAAGAAAAACCUUAUAAUCGUAACAUAUGGGUAAGGCUCUAAGGGACAUCCAGACUUUAUUAAAAAUAGCAAUAUUCAUGUAGGUAAGAAGUGUAUAAUAACAAGUGUACAAAAACCUUCAGGGGUCCUUGAGACUUAUGAAGCAUCAAAGAAUGCAUUUGGAGAAAAACCAAAAUGUGGGAAGGAAGGCCUUAAGAAUGAGCUUAGGCCUUACUAUUAUUUGUCAAACAAAUCUCUCAAAAGAAAAGCCCCAUAAAGAUUCUGAGAGAGAAAUUGGGGCUCCUUAUACAUUGGAGUAUGCAUGCAGGAAGGGAAGGAAAUAAUGUAUUUGGGGAAAUCAGAGCUUACAAAAUAUUGAAGAUCAAGUAACCUUUUAGAAAGGUCAUGGUAGAGAAACCCUCUUAAUGUGAGCAAGGCCUUAGACUUACCAUAUUAAUGUAACCUUACAAGCUGUCAAAGAACUUAGGUCAGAGAGAAACUGAAAUGUAAUGAAUUCUAAUUUGUUAAUCUACAAAACAAUUCAUUAACAAUUCAUUAAUGCUAAUUUGUUAAUCUCUCCAAAAAAUUAAGUCACCAGGCAGACCAUAUAGAAAAAAUACUGUAUUAUGUACUUAAUAAGGAAAACUUUCAGGAGCUCCUUGGAUCUUAUUAAACAAGAAUAUAAAUGGAGCAGCAAAAGAAAAACCACUCUGAAUGUAAAAGUUGCAGUAAAGCCUUUCUGGUACAUGAAAAGCUUAUUAAACACUGUAUUCAUAUAGGAAAGAAGCCCUCUAAAAGUGAUCAAGGUAAGAAAUCUUCAAGUGAUAAUUUUAUUUUUUUAAUCCUCAAGUGGAAUAAAACCUUGUGAAUGAGGUAGUGAAGUGAGAGGAAGUUUGUACCUCAUGCAGUGUCAGUGGACAGAGAACAACAGAUUCAAGAAAAAGACUUUUUCAAUGUAGCCAAGAGUCAGGAAGAGCCGUGAACACUAAAUCAGCUUAAAAUUAGAUGCAGCCCAUAUGGGAAAACCUUCCUCACUAGCAAAGAUGUGCAGUGUGGGUGGAGAUUGGGUUGUAUCUUCCCUCAGAUUUCACUCCCAGUGCCUGUCUAGUCAUUGUGGCGUAGUCUGUUUUUUUGUCAUCAUGUAUUUCUUGUAAAUUGAGCUUUGCUUCAACCCCCAGUAGGCCAGGGAUUAACUAGCAAUAAAUCUAAAUGUAAAUUAGCUUGUGCCUAAAAGUUAGAGAUUUUUCUGAUUGAGGGAUUUGGAGAGAUUGUGAUUGAACUCAUAGCUUUUGAUGUAAAAUUAAUUCCCUGAAGCCAAAGAAGAGGAAACCUAAAGGAAUGUUAUAUCGUCACUAUAAAAGAGCUAAUAGACCUGGGUAACAUUAAGUACUGGAAAAUUUUCCAAGAACAACCUAAACCAUAGUAUAAUGUGGAGAUGACUUGCCACUGAAAUCAAGAUGGUUCCACAUAAAUCAUUAGUAAGCAGUAAACUUAAAAUUUGCUUUUAUCUAUCACUCUUGGAUUGGGAAUUAAUGAAUCUGCUGUGAAUAGUCUUAGCAAUCAGUAAUGGUAUAUUAGACUAUUAACCCAAAGAUAGUGACCCCCAAAUCAUGUAGUUUUCUUUGCCAUUUUAACGUCAAGCCCAGGCAUGACUACUAAUCUGCUGGAGAGGAGCAGAGAAGACACUGGACUCAUGAGCUUCAGAGAGGAAAGAUGUUCUUCUUUGUUGUUCUUUUGAGACAGAGGUGUAUGUGAUUCUAAGCUCUCUUUGGGACCGACUCCAGGGAGAAGUAUGUGAAGUUGUCUCUUGUAGACAUGCAAGUUGGUUCCUUGACAUGACUUAAUUGUCAGCUUGCCUUCUUGGAGACUUCAGUGCACUUCCUCUUGGGUGAGAUAGACUGUUCUCUUGAUUGAUCAAACUCUCAAAUGGCUCUUAUCUAAAGAGCUCAUUCACUUGUGUAUUUUUUGUUAUAUUUUACUCUAUAUAAUCCUGAUUUUGGUUUGCUCUCUAUUUGGAUAAAUGGAUUUACUCUAAUCAUUUUAUGUGAUGGGUUUUUGUGUAAUUAGCAUUCAAUGGGAAGGAGUCUAGCCUGAAAAAAGUAAUCUUCAGUGAUCCCCUUUUAGGGAUGGUGAUCAGGAAAGUUAGUGGCAUUAUUACUUUUCAACAACAAGUUGUUUCCCGAAUCAGAAACAUUUGAGGGGGCAGAUAAAUAUAAUUCUAAUCCUGUACCACCUCUCAGCAGAAAACAGCUGUCAGAGAAAUAUCUACUUCUGCUCAUGUGCAGGCAGAUGUCAAAAUCUCUGUUGGAGAGGAAUGGAUCAGAUUCCAGAGAUAUCUGCCUUAUUACUUUCCCAGAUCUACAUUUAGACAAUCCAUGUUCAUGGGCAGCUCACAUCUUUUUUUUUUUUUUUAAAUUACAAAUACUUCCUUAUCUCCCAUCAUUG